AUGAGUGCUUUAGAAAAUGCUACUGCACCUACUAAUGUAAAUCCACCCCUUGAAAUGGAAGAAACAGGGCGUGAUGAAAAAGAGAGACAAGAAAAAAAUAAGAAAGACCUUGGCGAGAUUCAGGAUAAAGCACAUACUAGUAAAGAUGCACAGGAAGAAAACACUGAAGCAGAGAAGGCACAGCAAAAGCCUGGUACUUUUCUUGAUGCCUCUGGACAAGCGCAUCCAAAUACAGAAAAUCCUCCAGAGCAUGAAGAAAAACAAUUAUUUCCUGAACAGCAUGAUCCAAACGCAAAAGUGUGGUCUAAUCCCGAAGACAGCAAUGAGGAGAAUGCUCCUUGGAAGCCUAACGUUCAUCCUUCGAAUGGAAAUAUAGAUAAUCAUGUUCAAAAAAAUGCAAUGGAUAAUCGUCGAUUUUAUCGGGAGCCUUCUAUUGUUGAAUCUACCGUCUCUGACAUAAAAAGUAUUUUCGACACAGAUGAUACUGGAUACCGCCGCGCUAGUCCCAAACAAAAAUUGAAACAUGCAAUGCCUUUGCAUCCUACUCAGCCAGACGUACUUAUUGAACAACUACAGAUUAAAGCUCUCAAGUAUAUUAUCGUUGCUUGUUUCAUUUGUUACGUUGUUGGUCGAUUCAAGUAUGGAAUAUUCUUUGGCUUUACCAUGAUUGGUUUAUGUGCUUGGGCUUAUUGGAACUUGGGAAGAACAAGCUCUGAAGGCCUUGAAUGGCAAUUAGAAAAGCAAGAGAAUAUGAAAACACUUUAUACUUCUGAAGGCGAAACAGUUGAAUGGCUCAAUUAUAUGGUUGAAAAGAUUUGGCGUAGUAUUGAUCCUGAACUAUUUACGAUUGUAGAAGAUUUAUUGGAAGAUGCUAUCCAAAGUGUUGCUCCAAGCAUUAUUAAAGGAGUAAAGGUAUCUGAUUUUGAUAUUGGUAUGCAAGCUCCUCGUAUUCAAAUGAUCCGUGUAUUCCCACCGUUACCUGGACAACCAGAAGAAAGCAUAUUUGGUGAAGCAUCAUUUAGUUUUCAUGCACAUCCAGUUGCCUCACUGGCCACUAAUCGAAGCCCCAAGUCAACUCCGCCUGGACUCACCCUUCGCUUCUUGACUGCAGUGGGUGCACCGAUCGAAGUCAAGGCUGAACUCACAUCCCUAUCAGGUAAAAUUCGAUUCAAGCUAUUGACAGGGCCUGAGAUUCCGUUCAUCUCAAAGGCUACUAUUGCAUUUACGAGUGUUCCCAAGGUGGAAACAGGGGUUAUGCCUUUAACAAAGCAUUUAAAUAUUAUGAACUUGCCUACAAUUAAAGCACUUGUUAACGAAGGCUUGAAAUUUGGUCUUGCUGAUAUGGUUGAUCCUAAGAGCUUGACGAUUGAUGUCAGAGCAUUAGUAGGGGCUUUUGCUAGAGACACAAACGCUAUCGGUGUUGUGAAAGUAGAAGUUCGUCAAGCUUCUCGAGAUCCUUCACUUCAUUUGCAAGACUUGAAGGACUCAUAUGCUACAUUAUCAUUAAGCACACAACCAAAGAAAUCGAUUUCCAGUACCCGUGUUCUGACCAACGAUAUUGACCCCAGAUGGAAUGAGAAUCUUUAUGUCUUGGUUUAUGCAGAUGACAUUGUUUCUGAGACUCAGGUUGAUAUCAAAGUGUGGGACGCUGAUAAGAUCAAGUAUGAUGAUAUGUGGGGCUCUGUAUCAAUGUCUGUCAAGGAUAUCGUUCAAGGCAAACUUGACAAAUUGGGAAAUGUCGCAAGUUGGAGUCAAGAUGAGCGUGUCGUUUUUGAUGGAUGGGCGCCUAUUGACGGUAAACCCAUCGAGGAAUCCAAGGUUCGUUUGGAUAUGAAGCUAAGCUUCCAUCCCAAGUAUGCUACGCCAAGUACAGAUAUUUUGAGCAAAAAGUUACCUCAAGACAACACUAGCAAAGAUGAAAAGGAUGAGGAACAAGUUCAACCAGAACAUAGCAAUGGUAUCUUGUCUGUUACAAUCCAUCAAGCGUCCGAUCUGGAAAUUGCUGAUCCUGCCAUAUUGCCCUCUGAUGACAGAUUUAAGCAUCCAUAUAAUCCCAAUAGCGUCGUUAGCCCUUAUGCAAUUUUGUACAUCAAUGACAACAAGGUGUUCCGAACAAGAACGAAAUUGCGUAACCCAAGUCCCCAUUGGAAUGCUAUCACUGAACAUUUUGUUCGAGAUAUUGAUAAUGCAUUUAUCCGUAUCACAGUAAAAACAGCACUUGAAUUUGAACGUGAUCCGGUUCUUGGUACAAAAGCCAUUUCAUUGAAAGACUUAUUUACGGAUCAGGAGGCCAAAUUUAAAGAAGCACAGAAAUGGAUUCCAAUUUCGGAUGGAAUCGGGUUUGGUAAAGUCUUGCUUUCCCUUAAAUAUAAACCUGUAAAAAUGACUUUACCACGUUCAUUACAAGGCGCAGAUGUUGGCACACUCGUUCUCGAGAAGCUUACACUUGAUCGUCUAAACUCUCCUUUGGACUCUACUGCUACCAGCCCCACUAAAGCUACUCUUGCUGUGAACGUAGAUCCUUCAAUCAUCAAACGACUUAAAUCUCGCGACAUUCAGGUUGUAGAUAAUCUAAGCGGUUGGUAUGAUCGACACCUUUACUUUCCGCUCAUGAUGCGAUAUCGUACUGCUCUUUAUAUCCAUAUCUCCCAAGGCGCAUUGACGAAUACCAAGGCAACGGGUAGAAUAUGGCUAAAGGAUAUUGUUGAUAAUGAAUGGCAAGAUGUGAUUGUCGGACUUCGUCCUCACAUAAGCGAAAAGACAAGUGAUGCAAACAAAAAUGAAGAUGCUUGGCCAGAGGAAGGCGAUCUAGGUCAGGUUAGACUUCGUGUCAAGUUUGUACCUGGAUUCUCUCCAGUACACACACACCUGAGAUCAUUUGUGAAGGACAUGGUAGGAGCAGAUCCAUUCUACAGCGAUACACUCAAGUACAAGGCACAAAAAUGGAUAAGAGAGCAAAGUAAGGAUGAGGGCAAAGAGCCUUUGGAUCAUGACUUCCAACAAGCCCUUCAAGAGGAGAAAGAAAAGAUGAAAGACGAAGAAAAUAGGAGAUCGUCUGAGGCUUCUUCAGAGUAUGGUGAAGAAGAGUCUGAUGAUGAGUUUGAUGAAGAUGAGAAUGGUGCAGAUAUUGAUGACACAGACCUGAAGGCAGAUAUGAUUGAACAACGUAAAAUGAACAAGGUCAGUAAACAUCGAGUGAUUCGUAAGUUAGCUUGGAGUGUGGAUAAGGUGAAGCAUAAAGUAGACGUGCUUCGAGAAGGAUUUAACUCAGAGACAAGAGCAAAACGAUCCGUUGCAAAGGAAAUUUAGUUAUUUUUGUUAUGACAAUAAAGAUGUGUUAUUUGGUCGAUGCCAGCUUUAUAAAGUAAACUUGAAUUGCUCGAGUUACAAGAUAUAAAUAGGUACGUUUCUUAUGAAUCGUACCAUCAUAAUAUAUAUGAUCGACACUCCUAAAAGAAUAUCCGCACCUUGACUUUCUAUUGUCGUACGCUAGACCAACAGGAAAUGUUCUAUUGAUAAUAAUAGCAGUACCUUUUUCCCAGAGGAAAAGCUAAGUAAGAAAAGUAUAAAAGCUGUACAUAUAAUUUGGUUGUGUCGACAUAAGCACUAGUUUUAGGCAAUAGUAAAUAGAAAAAGAAAGAAAGAAAGAAAG